GUGGUUUUCGUGUGAGGUACUUUGUACUCGCGACUCGCGACACAUCGGAGGUGUCACGGGACUACCAAGGGCUUCGGCUUUUAUCUGUACCGUGGCCUCGUUCGGACGCACUUUUCGACACGUAUAUAGUUGCUGCCGGGGAUUAUAUUGUUUAUUUACGAGGAAAGGGUAAAAUAGUAACAGCCAAAAUGUCGACCUCGGCGAUUUUCAUUCUCGACGUCAAGGGCAAAGUCCUGAUCUCCAGGAACUAUCGGGGCGACAUCGAGGCCGGAGUCAUCGAGAAGUUCAUGCCUCUCGUUAUGGAGCGAGAAGAGGAGGGCAAUCUGACGCCUAUUAUUCAGACAAGCGAGUGUACUUACGCCUACAUCAAGUAUAACAAUCUCUACAUCGUGUCGACCACCAAGAAGAACGCGAACAUAUCGCUGGUCUUCGUCUUUCUGCACAAGAUGGUCCAGGUGAUGCAGGAGUAUUUCAAAGAGUUGGAGGAGGAAAGUAUUAGAGACAAUUUCGUUGUGAUUUACGAACUGCUCGACGAGCUACUGGAUUUCGGCUACCCUCAGACCACUGACAGCAAGAUACUGCAGGAGUACAUCACUCAGGAGGGCCACAAGCUGGAGAUUCAGCCGAGGAUUCCUAUGGCUGUGACCAAUGCCGUCUCCUGGAGGUCGGAGGGCAUAAAGUAUAGGAAGAACGAAGUAUUUUUGGAUGUGAUCGAGUCCGUCAAUCUGCUGGCUAAUGCCAAUGGAAACGUCCUCAGUUCGGAGAUAGUGGGAGCUAUAAAGAUGAGGGUUUACCUGUCUGGAAUGCCUGAACUUCGUUUGGGCCUCAACGACAAGGUUCUGUUCGAGUCCACUGGUCGUGGGAAGUCCAAGUCCGUUGAACUGGAGGAUGUCAAGUUCCAUCAGUGCGUGAGGCUGUCGAGGUUCGAAAAUGACAGAACCAUUUCGUUCAUUCCACCAGAUGGAGAGUUCGAAUUGAUGUCCUACAGACUGAAUACUCACGUCAAACCUCUCAUCUGGAUCGAGUCAGUCAUAGAGCGGCACGCUCACAGCAGGGUGGAAUACAUGAUCAAAGCGAGAUCUCAAUUCAAGCGUCGCUCUACAGCCAACAAUGUGGAAAUAGUCAUACCCGUGCCAAACGAUGCGGAUUCUCCAAAGUUUAAGACCACCAUCGGAAGUGUUAAGUACUCGCCUGAACAAAGUGCUAUUACUUGGUCCAUAAAAUCUUUCCCAGGAGGUAAGGAAUACCUGAUGAGGGCACACUUUGGCCUGCCAUCUGUGGUGGGCGAGGACGUCGAGGGUAAGCCUCCGAUUCAAGUGAAGUUUGAAAUUCCCUACUUCACCACAUCUGGCAUCCAAGUGAGAUAUCUGAAGAUCAUAGAGAAGAGCGGAUAUCAAGCAUUGCCAUGGGUGCGAUACAUCACGCAGAACGGUGACUACCAACUGAGGACAAACUGAAAAAUUGAACGAGGGAAUGAAUUUUGUAUGAUUACUUUAUCUUCAACUUUGCAAGAGAUUCUUGCGAGUGUAAAGAUGUUUUAUCAGGAAAUUUUUAUUGUACGUACUACACCUACCAGUUGCACUGGGACUCUUACAUUAUGUAUACACGCAUGUGAUAAGUUUUAAUUUGUCGAGAGAGUAUUGAUGAAUUGAUCGAUUAACUUAAUGAUUCUUAUCGGUAUUGUAUUAUCCUGUAUUGGCUUUGUACUGGAAACAACAAAAGAAAAGAUUGUACAGAAUUUUUUAAACUAAGUGAAAAAAAUCUUAUUUUUAUUAUUGUUAUUAUAUAUGAUUGAGGAAUAAAACAAAUUAAGAAAGAAAAAAAACGGCAUCAAGUUGAAGUGGCAGAGAUGGACCAAUCGACUGACUCAAUUUUUCACGUUGUAAAUAUACAGAAGAGAUAAAAAGAAACGCAUUCCGUGCAUAAAACUCGAAACCGCGAGCCAUCACUGUAAGUCACGCUCGCCGCGCUAAUAGUAUUAAUAUGCGACUAUAUUGUUAUUACUGAUACGACUAGUGUUGAAAUCUGUAAAUGUAUCAAGGAAGGAUAAAAUAAAUUUUCAACUAAAACUGCA